GCGCGCUGGGCGGGCGGUGGGGCUGAGGGGGGUCUGCCGGCCGCCGCCAUGUCGUUCCGCCGCGCCUUGGCGCUGGCCGCCUGCGGGCUGGCCGGCGGCUCCGUCCUCUUCUCCGCCGUGGCCGUGGGGAAGCAGCCUCCCCGCGGCGGCGACGCCGAGCCGCGGCCGGGGGGUUCCGCCAGCGUUCCCCCCGCCGCCCCGCCGGGUUUGCUGCUGCUGCCGCCCGCCGCCGCCGCCGCCUCCUGCCCGCCGGCCCCUGGCUGGAUUGAGAGACCCGCCGGCACCGGCGGCUUCUGGGACAGCAACUGGGACAGGCGUGAACCACUGGCUCUUAUCAACCUCAAAAAGAAAAAUGAAGAAACUGGGGAAGAAGAACUUGCCUCGCGCUUAGAUCACUGCAAAGCAAAAGCCACCAGGCACAUAUUCCUCAUCCGUCAUUCUCAGUAUAAUUUGGAUGGCCGGGCUGAUAAAGACAGAACGCUGACCCCGCUUGGUCGAGAGCAGGCUGAACUGACUGGCCACAGGCUGGCAAGCUUGGGAUUAAAAUUUGAUCAGAUUAUCCACUCCUCCAUGACUAGAGCAACUGAAACAACUGAAAUUAUAAGCAAACAUCUCCCAGGAGUCAAAAAAAUUAGUACUGAUCUGCUGCGAGAGGGAGCGCCUAUAGAACCAGACCCUCCAGUCUCUCACUGGAAACCAGAAGCUGUGCAGUAUUACGAAGAUGGAGCUCGAAUUGAAGCUGCUUUUCGAAACUUCAUUCAUAGAGCUGAUGCGAAGCAGGAAGAGGACAGCUACGAGAUCUUUGUCUGCCAUGCCAACGUGAUCCGCUAUAUUGUGUGCAGAGCGCUGCAGUUCCCCCCAGAAGGCUGGCUGCGAAUGUCUCUGAACAAUGGCAGUAUAACUCACUUGGUGAUACGGCCGAACGGCAGAGUGGCGCUUCGAACGCUGGGUGACACAGGUUUCAUGCCUCCAGAUAAAAUCACGCGCACCUGAGUGAGCAAAACCGACGGCUGUCCGGGAGCUGCCCAGUCUCUUUGCACUAGUACGUUCGGCUGCAGUACCACUAGAUUUUUCUCUGUUAUGUUGGGGUGUGUUGCUGUCUUAAAAUGUCCUUUAGUCCCUUGCCCCCUUCAUCCAUUUUCAUAUCUGCCUUUUGGGCCAGAAAAGAAGAACUCGCGGUAAGCCUGAAGCUGUCCAGCCCGCACGGAUUCCCCAAAACACAAAGCUGAGCUGCGGAAUACGAAGAGGGUCAAUGUCUACGCGCUCAGCAGUUGCGAGAGCGCUGCCUUCCCGCCCUGCCCCCUGUGAACUUCUAUAACCAAAACUUGCUCCUGUGGAUAUUCUCACGCAGGAAAGCGGCUGGUGCGGGAAGGGAAGGAACAGCCUUGUGCCACGCUGCAGCUAAAACUGCUGCUGAGCCAGCUUGUUUCAGCUCCUGCUGAAGUGACAAACAGGGUACUCUGCUGUUCAAAGGACACAGGGAUAAAGCUUCAGUGUUUGUGAGCUGUUGAGGAUGUGUGUUUAUGUUGUGUCAUUGUUCUCCUCUGCCCCCAAAAACUCAUGUAAACUGUGCCUGGGAGUUGUAAGCUUAAAGCAAAGAGGGUAAAAAAACCACAUUUGCCUCAGAGCUGUGGUGCUAGAAUUAACUGCUGCUUAUAGCAAGUGUUCCCCAUCCUCAGGAAGGCCGUGCAGCUAUUCUGAACACUUUUUCAGUUUUGUAAAGCCUUUAACUAAAAACUUGGGUCUGUAGCAGGAUGUAGGGAUGGAUGAGUGUGUGGUGGGAAGAUGGGAGGAAAGGAAAGCAGGGAUCUUCUGUGUGCUUCCAGUUACUGCCUCUUACACUUUGGAGGAGCAGAUUCUGCCGCUUCUGCUCCCCCGUUGGUUUGCAGAUGAUGAGACCUUGCUUUCAGAGUAGAGGAAUACCAGCACCGAGUGCCAGGUCACGCUACUUCAGGUCAGAGGCUCUGCAGCAUUGACACAAACUGCGGCUUAAAACCCACUCCUGCCUGAAAUGGUGGAAAAGUUACCGUGGGCUGGCUUUUCUAGGCCAAGCACAGCCGGCGGGCAGGGUGCCGCCAGUGGCGCCUCCGUACAGCGCUGAGCCCGCCGGACUUGUGCGAGGAGAACGGCGGGUGGCUGAGAACUAGGGCUCGCUUUUGAGGGGGGGGCUCAAAAGUGGUUCGAGGCUGGUUGCUGGCCCCCAACCGCUGUAGGAACGCGGCUCACUUCAUACCCGGACUAGUGACAAAUGUCACCAUCGGCUGCAGGCCAGCAACUACAAAACGUGUUUGGCAGGUUCUCCUGGCACCAAGGAUGUGGAUGAGACCCUGAAGUCGCGCCUGUCAGAGCUGUGUGACACACAAUCAUCCUGGGACAUGGCUUAAGGGCUUGUUUGGUGUGGGGCUGCUUCAGCAGGAGUUCAAGGCAAACAGGGCUUGUAGGGAGCAAAGCAUGAUCCUUGCGUGGGGCAGGUUGUGGAGGCAAGAGGAAACCAUCGUGGCGUCUCUCUCAUUGAUGCAAUGAGAAUAAUUUGUUGGGGGUUUUGUCUAUUAACUUUUUAAAAAGUUUUGAAUAAAAUAACUGGUCUGCCUUUC